UUCCCCUCCGACUACUUUCAUUUUUUUUUGGCUGUUCGUUAAUCGGAGAAAGUGGAGAUGGAGUCUGUUACAUCGAAUUCUCAUGAUAUAGCCGACACAAUAACCUCUUUUUCCUCUAAACCUGAAAAGAUCAUCAUUGAUACUGAUCCUGGAAUUGAUGACAGCAUGGCUAUCUUUAUGGCAUUUCAAACACCAGAGGUGGAGGUCUUAGGUUUGACUACAAUAUUUGGUAAUGUUAGUACUGCAGGCGCUACACGGAAUGCUUUGCUCUUGUGCGAGUUGGCAGGGUGUCCUGGUAUCCCUGUCGCAGAAGGCAGCUCUGAACCUCUAAAGGGAGGAAUACCAAGUGUUGCUGACUUUGUUCACGGCCCUGAUGGGUUGGGGAAUGUAUCUCUUCCACCCCCAAAAGAAAAGAAAAUUGAGAAGAGUGCCACCGAAUUUUUAGUUGAUAAGGUCUCUGAAUAUCCUGGUGAGGUAUCCAUACUUGCAUUGGGACCACUGACAAAUUUAGCUUUGGCAAUCAAAAGGGAUUCAUCCUUUGCAAGCAAGGUGAAGAGACUGGUAAUACUUGGUGGGGCUUUCUUUGCAUUGGGAAAUGUCAAUCCUGCAGCUGAAGCUAAUAUCUAUGGUGAUCCAGAAGCAGCCGAUAUUGUGUUUACCUCUGGGGCAAAUAUUAUUGUUGUUGGCAUAAAUAUUACAACCCAAGUCAAACUAACAGACGAAGACCUCUCUGAAUUGAGGGAUUCCAAAGGGAGAAAUUCUCAUUUCUUAGGUGAAUUAUGCAAAUUUUACAGAGAUUGGCAUGUGAAAUCUGAUGGCGUCUGUGGCAUUUUCCCUCAUGAUCCGGUGAGUUUCGUGGCACUUGUCCGUCCUGACCUUUUUACUUUCAAGGAGGGGGUCGUGAGGGUUGAAACUCAGGGUAUAUGUGCUGGACAUACGCUAAUGGACCAAGGACUGAAAAAAUGGAACUCGAACAACCCUUGGUCAGGCUAUGCCCCCGUUUCAGUCGCAUGGACAAUUGAUGUGGAGGGAGUCGUUAUGUAUAUUAAGGAACUGCUCACAAAGCCAUGAAGCUAUAAUGCACAUGAAACCACAGGAAGUGAAGGUUGGAUUGUCUACCAUUUUUCAUUUUGACAACCCAUUUUCUCUUCUUUAUAUCUGUCACAAAUAUUGGAUUUGUGUUUCAUGUAUUGGGAUCACAUACCUCAAUUCAUAAUGGAAGAAUAAUUUGUGUCACGGUGUA